GGCGGGCCCGCCGCGAGCCAACCACCUCUCGCCUCGCCGCCGCGCGCGCGCGCCUGCAGCUGGGACAUGCCGGCGUUGAGAAGAAUACUCACUGCUACUCUCCUGGCUCUCUGUCUUCCAAGUCCUGGGAAUGCACAGCAACAGUGCACUAACGGCUUUGACCUGGAUCGCCAGUCUGGACAGUGUUUAGAUAUUGAUGAAUGCCGGACCAUCCCCGAGGCCUGCCGAGGAGACAUGAUGUGUGUCAACCAGAACGGGGGCUAUUUAUGCAUCCCGCGAACCAACCCGGUGUACCGCGGACCCUACUCCAAUCCCUAUUCGACGCCCUACUCAGGUCCAUACCCAGCAGCAGCGCCCCCAGUGUCCUCUGCUGCGGCCUCGGCUGGGGCCGCAUCCAACUACCCUACGAUUUCAAGGCCCCUUGUCUGCCGCUUUGGCUACCAGAUGGAUGAAGGCAACCAGUGUGUGGACGUGGAUGAGUGUGCAACGGACUCUCACCAGUGCAACCCCACCCAGAUCUGCAUCAACACGGAGGGCGGGUACACUUGCUCCUGCACGGAUGGCUACUGGCUUUUGGAAGGCCAGUGCUUAGACAUUGAUGAAUGUCGCUAUGGUUACUGCCAGCAGCUCUGUGCAAAUGUUCCUGGAUCGUAUUCCUGCACAUGCAACCCUGGUUUCACCCUCAAUGAGGAUGGAAGGUCUUGCCAAGAUGUGAACGAGUGUGCAACUGAGAACCCUUGCGUGCAAACUUGUGUCAACACCUAUGGCUCUUUCAUCUGCCGCUGUGACCCAGGAUAUGAACUGGAGGAUGAUGGCGUCAAUUGCAGUGACAUGGAUGAGUGCAGCUUCUCCGAAUUCCUUUGCCAGCAUGAGUGUGUGAACCAGCCUGGCACAUACUUCUGUUCCUGCCCACCAGGCUACAUCUUGCUGGAUGACAAUCGAAGCUGCCAGGACAUCAAUGAGUGUGAGCACCGAAACCAUACCUGCACCCCGCUACAGACUUGCUACAAUUUACAAGGGGGGUUCAAAUGCAUCGACCCCAUCCGCUGUGAGGAACCUUAUCUGCUGAUUGGUGAUAACCGCUGUAUGUGCCCCGCUGAGAAUACUGGCUGUAGAGACCAGCCCUUCACCAUCUUGUUCCGGGACAUGGAUGUGGUGUCAGGACGUUCUGUUCCUGCUGACAUCUUCCAGAUGCAAGCCACAACCCGCUACCCUGGAGCCUACUAUAUUUUCCAGAUCAAAUCUGGGAAUGAGGGUCGCGAAUUCUAUAUGCGGCAAACAGGCCCCAUCAGUGCCACUCUGGUGAUGACACGUCCCAUCAAAGGUCCCCGGGACAUCCAGCUGGAUUUGGAGAUGAUCACUGUCAACACCGUCAUCAACUUCAGAGGCAGCUCUGUGAUCCGACUGCGAAUAUACGUGUCGCAGUACCCGUUCUGAGCCUCAGGCCGCCGCCUGGGACACUUCCGCUCACCAGCACCAAGGGACAGGAGAAGAGAGGAAACAAGAGCAAGAAUGAGAGCGAGACAGACGUUGCACUUUUCCUGCUGAACUUUUCCAGAGGAGGCAGCCUGGUGUCCUGACCCCUGCCUUUUUUAUCCUCUGAAGGACAUCCCAGCUCUUAUGAAACCGUUAUCAAAAAGUAUUAUUGUUGGCCACCCUGAUGUGAGAUCAUUGGUGAUUUUCAAAGCCUUCAGUUUACUCCCAAUCUUUUUCAAAGAAACAUAGAUUAGGUUGGCUGGGGUGUGAAUGGUGUUCAAAGACUGUGAACAUUGCUCUCACCUCUUCUACUUCUUCUGUCUCUUGUUGCAUUGCUGCUUUGCAAAGGCCCAAGAGAUUUCGGGGAAUGCUGGGUCUAGCUAGUUUGCUUCUUGCAUGUACUGAGAAGGCUAUGGAAACAAACCACAACAGGAUGUAAGGGUUUUUAAAGAGUCUAUUUCAAAACUGUGUCUGGUAUGUUCAGCUAUAAAACAGGUUUUCAGUGUUCUUAAAUCUGUAUAACUGUUUAAUCUUUCCUUGUGCAUUUUGAGUAUUUUUUAAGUGCUAGAAUUCUUUUAAAGGCCUCAGGCACAUGUUAAGUUCUGUCUUCCAGUCCCAGCUUCCCCUAUCUUUUAUUUUUUUCUUGAGGACUCCUUAAUCAUGCUUUCUUUAGAACUUUUACUCAACUGGGUUGGAAGGCAGAGUUCUCCAAAACCGAUUAAAUAUUUGAAGAGA